GCAGUUACUGAGAAAUCACAAGACGAAGCUAAAAUCCCUCUUCAGAUCCACAGUCAACUGCCCUGACCACAUCCUGCAAAAAAUCCAGAGGAAGAAGAGCCAUGGAUUACUACAGAAAAUAUGCAGCUGUCAUUCUGGCCACAUUGUCUGUGUUUCUGCAAAUUCUCCAUUCCUUUCCUGAUGGAGAGUUUACAAUGCAGGGCUGCCCAGAAUGCAAGCUAAAGGAAAACAAAUACUUCUCCAAGCUGGGUGCCCCAAUCUAUCAGUGCAUGGGCUGCUGCUUCUCCAGAGCAUACCCCACUCCAGCGAGGUCCAAGAAGACAAUGUUGGUCCCAAAGAACAUCACCUCCGAAGCCACAUGCUGUGUGGCCAAAGCAUUUACCAAGGCUACAGUAAUGGGAAAUGCCAGAGUGGAGAAUCACACUGAGUGCCACUGCAGUACUUGUUAUUAUCACAAAUCUUAAAUACUUUGCAAAGGGCCAUGUUGAUGACUGCUGAUUUCCUGAAAUGGAAAAUUAAUUUGUUCAGUGUUUAUGACUUUGCAAGAUAAACCCCUUCUUUUCCUUACCAUACCAUUUUUAACACGCUUUAAGAAUAUACUGUAGCUUUAUUGCCUUUCUCUUUAUCCUCAGUAUAAUCAGCAGUCUUGUUCUUUUCAUUUGGAAUGAAAUACAGCAUUUAGCAUGACCAUAAAAAGCUCGUUCCGCUGGAAAUAAAGUCUUUUAAAUCAUCA